AUGGGACUGUUCAACUACCGCUUCAUCGAAGGCCUGACCGAAGCCGAAAAGCAGGCACGGCGCCGGGCGCUGGACAACUACGGCCUUGCGGCUCAGCUUUCGGAUUUGCUGCCGGUGGUGUUGAUCUUGCUGUAUAGGCUGACGAAGUGGGUUGUGAAGGAGAGGGUGGAUGGGAGUGCCAAUGGGGAGUAUGCUGCUGUGCCGAGCUCGCCGGUGAUGAAGAAGAGGAGGGAAGAGGGGGUGAGGUCUUGGAGCAUGAGGAAGAGGCGGUUGCGGUGGUGGUUGGGGGAGGAUGUGGUUGCGGCGGGGCAUGUUUACGGGCAGAGGGAUCAAUGGAUUGUUGGGGUCGUGUGGUUUCUUUGGCUGGCGGUGCUCUCAAUCAAGGAUACGGGAGAGGACUACCUCCAUCUAACCAAACGCUUCGGCAUCGUCGCCGUCUCCCAGUACCCCCUCCAAUACCUCCUCUCCCUCAAGUCCCUCAACCCCUUCUCCUACCUCCUCAAAUCCUCCCACGAACAAGUCAACCGCUGGCACCGCGUCUCGGCCCGGGUAACCACCACCCUCUUGUUCAUCCACGCGGCCCUCUACCUGAACUUCUACAUCCAAAACAACCGCCUCUACCGCCUCGGCGUCCCCCUCGUCCUCGCCGGCGUCGUCGCCUUCUUUUCCCUCAACCUCAUGCUCACCACCGCCCUCCGCCCCGUCCGCCGCUUCUCCUACCGCCUCUUCUUCAUCACCCACCUCCUCCUCGCCAUCUCCAUCCCCUUCCUCGUCCUCUUCCACGCCGCCCCGGCAAGGUCAUACAUGAUCCAGGCCCUGCUCGUCUUUUUUGUCGAUCUGAUCUCGAGAAAAAUGGACACGGUGACUGGCCACGCAAAGUUUGAGUCCAUCCCAGGCACGAACCUCGUCAAACUCAGCGCUGCGAUCCCUCACGUCAAGAUCAAUCGGUUCAGGGGCAGCCCGGGGAGCCACAUCUACCUCUCCAUCCCCGCAGCAGCAAGAGCGACUUUCCAAGACCCGACGAGCAUAUCGCACCUGCUGUUUGAGUUUCUGUUCAACCCUUUUACUGUCGCGAGCGUGGGGGAGCAGGAGAGCGAGGUGACGAUGAUUGCGAGGCACAAUGGGGGUCCGAUGACGGCUGCGCUGGGACAUUAUGCUGUUUUGGCUAAGCAGCAGCAGCAGCAACCUCCUUCUCGAUCCGCCAACAGUUUGUCGAUUCCCGACGCGAGAAACGAGGGGAAGAUCCCGCUUAACAUCGAGGGGCCGUACGGAUCGGUGACGCACUUUCCGAAUUUCGGCCAGUUUGACAGGGUGCUGCUCGUGGCGGGCGGUGUAGGGGCUACGUUCACUGUGCCGGUGUACAAGUCUGUCGUGGCGGAAAACCCGAACGCGAAGGUGAAGAUGGUUUGGAGCGUGAGGACUGCGGGGGAUGCGACGUGGGCGCUGCUGAGGGAGGGGUUGAUGGAUGAUGAGAAUGUGCAGAUAUAUGUCACGGGGGUGACGGAGGGGAGGACGAGGGGUGGGGUUUGGGAUCAGCAACAGCAGGAUGGGGGGGAGGGGAGUGGAGCGGAGGGGACGGAGAUGAGCAGGAUGUUUAGACGGAGGAGCGGGAGUAACAGCGGCGGGAGCGGUGGUGGUGGGACGGGGGGGAGGUUUACCAGUUUACAUAAUCGGCAGAGGCCGGAUUUGAGGAGGGUGGUGGAUGAGAUGUUCAGGCAUGGGCAGGAGGAGAAGGUGGCGGUUGUGGUGUGCGGGCCGGAGGAGAUGGCGAGGGAGUUGAGGGAGUAUGUGGGUGUUUGGGUGAGGAGGGGGAGGGUGGUUUGGUUUCACAAGGAGGGUUUUGGGUUUUGA